AUGUUUACGCUGAUAGCCCGUCGAUUACUGUCGUCCACUCCUGAAGAGAAACUGAUAUUUGAUAAGCUGUCCAAACAGCUAAGUCCUAAAAACAUGCAUGUUCAAGAUGUCAGCGGUGGUUGUGGAUCGAUGUUCGCAAUCGACAUCACUAGCGAUAAGUUUAAGGGUCUUACAAUGGUCAAACAACACAAGCUCGUCAACAAAAUCUUAGAAGACGACAUCAAAAGAUGGCAUGGACUGCAGCUUCGCACUAGAAGCGAGUAA